GACCGCUUAUAUCGGUCCUGAGUGGAGGAACUUCUGAGAGUCUCGCCGCCUGGAGUCUAAAUCAGGUGCCAGGUUCCUCGGCAACUCCCGAUCAUUUCAACGUCAAAACAGAGACCGACAACCAACAGCCUAAUCUCAGAAUCCUUGGGAUUUAUUACCUUCAACAUCUCCGGGAUAGUUACAACCGAUUGGAAUGGCUUUAGGUGGUGCGACCAACUCUGCGCCAACCACAGAAAAGCCAGCCUGGGGAAGAGUCCUGAUUUGUGGUGGUAUCGACUGGGCAAAUUUGGGCAGGUCAAGGAAAGCUGGAGCAUCUGCCGCAAAAGCAGAAUCCGAGUUCCCAGAUAUUCUCCAACCUUGUAUUCUUCGUUCUUUGGCCAAUAUAAGGGCUGUCUCUAUUCACACAUCGCAUAGCGCAUGUCAUGCAGUAGUUCUGGAUAUCUAUGGGACCGCUUUUCUUUUUGGGCGCAAUGCUUCAUCCUGCCUUGGGCUUCCGUCUUCGACGUCCGCCAUAACUUCAGAACAAACACCACGACGACUCCGGCCAGUGCAAUGUGGAGCUUCCAAGAACUCAAUCAAAUUCAUUAAUGCUGCAUGUGGAAGGGCUCACACGCUUCUGAUUGACGAUGCCGGAGAUCUGUGGACGGCUGGAAUUAAUACAUUAGGGCAGUGUGGUCAUCCUCCCCGGCCGGAGGUUACAAGCUUCAAAAAAGUUUCGGGACCCUGGCUUAAAACAACUCCUCCCGAUAAAGUUGUUGCGGCAUCUGCUGGAAUCACGUUUUCGAUCGUACUUACCGAAUCUGGAAAAGUUUAUAGUUUCGGUUCGGCGGAAAUGGGCCAGCUCGGGAACGGCCGUACUGGCGAGCACAUCAGCACGGGGAACAAAACUGCCUUCGAUGUAGAGCACGAACCCAUCCGAAUUAAAGCCUUCGAGGGAAAGAAAAUAGUCCAGAUCGCUUCUGGGCAGCAGCACAGCAUUGCUUUGGCCGAAGAUGGGAAUGUCUACGUGUGGGGAACUGGAGGUUAUUGCAGAACGGGGCUUGGAAAUCCGAAAGAUCACCUGGUUCCUGUCCCAGUGCCCAAGUUUAGUCAAGAACUUGUGUUGAGGGGCGAGCAAGUUAUGGCCGGUCCGACGAGCUCUGUCGUGGUGGACCGUCAAGGGAUAUAUUGGCUGGCUGGGAAGUGGAAGACAUCAGGAGAUGGAUCCUCAGGGCAACCGUAUUCCAAUUUCAGACUUCUCCAAGAUAUAAUGGGAUGUCGGAUCCUGGGCGGUGCAUGUGGCGGGGUCACCCACUUCUGUUUCACUCCUAGUGAAGACGGCUGUGUCAUGACCAUCGGCUGGGGCCAGGGCGCAAAUAACUGCGAGCUGGGGUUAGGCGAUGGCCAACCGAAGAGCGCCACAAAGCCAGUGGAGAUCACAACUCUCAAAGGCAUUGACGUUUUCCAGAUUGCCGCGGGAGCGCACACAUCAUUUUUCCUUGCACGACCCAAUCAAGCUCUCAGUGACUUGGACAGAUAUCCCGAGGUCGAGCCCUCUGAAGAUUGCCAAGUAUGCCGCAAGAAUGAAGGAGAUGGGUCAGACCUCCUAGAGUGUGAAAAGUGUGAGAACCCGUAUCACCUCCACUGUCUUGAUCCACCCUUGAGCACCGUGCCCGACGGGGAAUGGUUUUGCGCGGAGUGUGAGGCAGAUUCCGAUAGCCGCGGAGUUAACUCCACGGAUAGCAUCGAUAGUGAGAGUCAAUCUUCCGCGCCUAGGAAACGAGGCCGGCCUCGCAAAAACGUGAAUGUGUCGGAGGACGAAGAAGAGGACGAGGAGGAUGAAGAUGGGGAUGAGGAUGAGGAGCCGGCGAAUAAGAAAUAUCGGAAGCAAGUCAAAGGUAAUAAAAGAAGGCGAUGAGCUCUUCAUCCCAAUGAUACAUUUCUGUAUUUCGUAUUGCGCUGUUUUACCUUCAUCUUUUUCUCUCUAACUGUUCACCUUGGGUUAAUAUGUAAUUUGCGUGUUGCCACUUGUUGUGCACCCCCGUUCAUCUUGAUAAUAAUAAUAUCCCUUCACAG